CGGCGCCGGGCCUAACCUGUUCCACCGCCUUCCACGCGUGCGGCGUGUGCCAUCAACCAAGCUUGAACGAAACUUCUUCCCUUUCCCUUUCCCUUUCCCUUUCUCCUCCCGUCCGCGCGCUCUCGCUUCCUCUCCGCCACCACCGACACCGCCACCUCCACCUCCUGCCACCACCUUGCGCGGUGGGGGGCAACGGCGAGGUGAGGGCGAGGCGGGGCGAUGCUGGCGUGGAAGGAGAAGGUGGCGGACCGCCUCGCUCGCCUCCUCGCCGACUCCCCUGUCUCCCCCUCCCCGGCACAGGCCGCCGUCGCGCCACCGCAGGCAAAAUCUUUCCCAGCAGAACCUUUUAUUCCCCCCAAGACAUCAUCAUUAUCUUCGUAUGUAUUUUCCCUCCUACCAACCUCAAACUUGGGGCAUGAGCAGAAUUCACCUUGUUCUGAGACUUUGAGACCAUUACCUCCUGAAUCACUUCCUAAGAAAUGGAGAGGGAGUAAUUUAACAUGGAAAGAUCCUCCCCUGGAAUUGAGUGAGGAGUCUGGGUCUGAAAGUGAGAGAGAUGAAAGGAAUGGGAAUUUCGGUAGCGACCAGGUCCUUCAGUCAUACAGGUCCAUAAAUAACUCAAAUGGAAAUGAGGAAACAUCGACUUCAGAUUGUGCGGGCACUCUUCGUUAUCUGACUGAAAAGUCUAUGUUUGUGUCUCCAAAACUAUUUGCAUUCUUUCAAUCUUCUCUCCCUGGGACCUUGAAGGGGUGCCACUGGGUAUUGCUAUAUAGCACCUGGAAGCAUGGGAUAUCUCUAAGAACACUUCUUCGUAGAAGUGAGAAUAUUCAGGGUCCAUGCCUAUUGAUUGUCGGAGAUAUGCAAGGGGCUGUGUUUGGUGGCUUAUUGAACAGUCCUCUGCGGCCAACAGAGAAAAGGAAAUAUCAGGGAACAAACCAGACGUUUGUGUUCACAACGAUACAUGGUGAACCUAGACUUUUCAGACCAACGGGUGCAAACAGAUUCUAUUAUUUGUGCUUGAAUGAUGCUUUAGCAUUUGGAGGUGGUGGAAGCUUCGCAUUGUGUGUUGAUGAAGAUCUGUUACAUGGAAGCAGUGGAUCAUGUGAGACAUUUGGAAACUCAUGCUUGGCACAUAGUCCAGAGUUUGAACUAAAGAAUGUGGAGCUAUGGGGAUUCACGCAUUCAUGGAACCGUUCGACAUAACUGAUGCUAGCUGUCCUCAUUUAUGACCUGGCAACAGAUGGAAAGGGGCAUGAGAAGGCUAGUUGGAAUUGCUAAAGGGUAUUCACUUAAUCACUUGGGAAAUGUUUAGUCUCAUUCUAUUGUUUGGCUUGUGGAGGGAAUUAAGUAUGGGAGCUGUAUAGGGAAUUCAUGUCCUUUGUUUGGUGAGUGAGAUUUGGAGUGGAAAAUCGUGUCAUGACUAAUGAGUCAUGAUACAUACAUGUUCCACUUAAUGUCCAAUUACCACCAAUCCCUGUGGUCAGUGGGAAAUAACCUUCCAUUUCCUUGCACCAAUUAUCGAUACACAAUGUGUACUUGAUCACUGUAACGUCACGUAUUCAUUCAUUCAAUUAACACGUUUCAUAUUUGUACACGUUUUUCUGUUCAAAAUAAUUACUCUGAA